ACGCAUGCGUGAAAAUCUACUGCUCACUCUGCUCACUCGAACGAUAACUUUUGGUCUUCACACAAUACCCGUAGUUAGCGAAUGUCUUCUGCCUGCAAGCAUGUUAGCUGUGAAUGUAGCCGCCGACAUGGUUUAGCAACAUUACUCUUUAAUAAUUAAGCGACUAAAAUUGUUUUGUGUAGUUUCAGUCCUUGGGAUAUUAUAGUAUAAAUGCCUCGUUAUGCUCAACUCGUGAUGGGCCCCGCGGGAAGUGGAAAGAGUACCUACUGCUCUACACUGAUCCAGCAUGCAGAAGCCAUAAACCGCUCUGUACAGGUGGUCAACCUAGACCCAGCCGCUGAACACUUUGAUUACCCGGUCAUGGCAGAUAUCCGGGAGCUGAUUAUGGUGGAUGAUGUGAUGGAGGAUGAGUCACUGAGGUUCGGCCCAAAUGGAGGGCUGGUGUUCUGCAUGGAGUACUUUGCCAACAACUUUGACUGGCUGGAGGAGAGCCUGGGCCACGUGGAGGAUGACUACAUACUGUUUGACUGUCCUGGUCAAAUAGAGCUCUACACACACCUCCCUGUGAUGAGGCAGCUCGUAGAGCAGCUCCAGCAAUGGGAAUUCCGUGUUUGUGGCGUCUUCCUGGUAGACUCGCAGUUCAUGGUGGAGACCUUCAAGUUCAUCUCUGGUAUCAUGGCUGCUUUGAGUGCAAUGGUGUCUUUGGAGAUUCCAACAGUCAACAUAAUGUCUAAAAUGGACCUGCUGAGUCCCAAGGCCAAAAAGGAAAUUGAAAAAUACCUGGACCCAGACAUGUACUCAAUGAUGGAGGACAACUCUGUCACCAUUAGGAGCAAGAAGUUCAAGAAGCUAACCAAAGCCAUCUGUGGCUUGAUUGAUGACUACAGCAUGGUGAGAUUCCUGCCAUUUGACCGCACAGAUGAAGAAGGCAUCAACAUAGUGCUUCAGCACAUUGACUUUUCCAUACAAUACGGAGAAGACUUGGAGUUCAAGGAGCCAAAGGAGCCUGAGGAGGAGCCUGACAACACAAAUUAUGAUGAUUUAUUUCAGGACAAAGUAGAGGACUGAGAGGUGACAUAAGAGGCCCAGAAAGAAAAUCAUAACAUUUGAUGGUCAGAGGGAAAUGUUAAUUGCAGUAUCAUGCCACAUAAUUAUUUAUUUAUAGACUUAUUAUGUCUGUUUAAAAAUGUUUUAGUUAUCAUUUUAAAAUUGUGUAUAGUGUAUUGUGACCCUGAUAUUGCAAACCCCCCCCGUUGAAUAUUUGGAUUAUAUUUUUUUGAAUAAAAACUAUUGUAAAACAG